CCACCAAGUGAAAGUGGGAUUUUGCUUUCUACCCGUGGCCAGUGACAAACGCGCCGUGUGCUCGCGAACGUCUCGUUUACCAGUGAGGAUGCGUUCCUCCGUCGUUCGUCGAUAGAAACGUCGACGACGCACCCUAAAACGCUGUGAAAUUCGCCGAUUUUGGCGCCAGUUUACGAUGACAGCGUUAUUCUAACGAUCCGGCGAUCUGCCUCGAAAUUUAUUGUUAAAUAUUCAACAAAAAAGUGUUAACAGAGAGAGGUGUGAGUGUGUGUGUGUGUGUGUGUGGAUCCGGACAGUGCCAGAGGAAGAUGUCGAGGUGCAAAGCGAAUGCUAACCGACCCGUCGAUGUUAUCCUGACGUGCACGCUACUCGUCUGCUCAUUCCUCGCGACCGAUUGUCAACAGGGGACGGCCGUGUCUUGGGAUAAAUUUUCACGGUUGAUACCAACGAAUUCGGUGUACGAACAACCGGAGAAGAAUGUCUCUCCCCCCAGCAACCCAGGGGAGCAAUUUUCACGCUCCUUGGACGAGAACAACGUCAUGGAGUCGUCGAAAACGAACGCGAAGAACGGUGGACAUGAGGAGUUAGAAGACGAAGAAGUGUACGAAGAUGAGUACGAGACUGAAUCGGAUCCGAAGAAGGAUACCGAAGAAGCGAAGCUCUCUAAAAUCACCGACGGCGAGGCGAAACACGAAAAUCCCCUGGUACCCUUAAAUUCCAAGACAGGAGAGACGUCCAGAGAUGAAGAUUACGUUGAGGACCCCUCAACGAGUCAGUAUGACGCGUAUUAUUACUACGACGAUUACGAGAAUAAUAAUCGUUCGCGAUACGAAGCUGUAGCCAACACAGACGCCCUCGACUACCCAGACGCAGAAGAGGAAGAGAAGGAGGAAGAAGAAACCGCCUUGAGAGAGGCAGAAGAAGACAAGCACCAUUCCUCUGAAAAAGAAGAGGAUACGGACUUCGUUAGCACGGUAGGUUCGAACAAUUCCACAUCGGAUCUUGUCGAAGAAACAGACCUGGACACUCGAAUCACCACGACGAACGCUGAGGAUGGUUCGUCGAUGGAGGGUAGCGACAAAACCUUCUCCUUCGCGAAAGCAAAUUCGUCGGGGGACAGUUCUAUCCUAAUCGGUGAAGCAGUAGUGUCAGUGGUGACGACGAAGAGCGUCGUAAACGGCACUAUAUCCUUUCCAACGUCUUCUCCGCCAACCACCACCGAGCAGGUUGCUGCACCACCUUCCUCCUCGUCCAUGAUGACGACGGAACAACCUGUGACGGAUGUGACAACCGAGGACUCCUCCAGGAUCCUGGCAUCCGUCCAAACCAGUCGCAGCAUUUCCGGCGCGCGUUUCUUGCCAUUCCCUGUGAUAGAUCGCGUAGAGCCGAUCAACCCUAGCGCCGAGAAGAAGACGUCGUCGCCGCCAGAGUCCACGGAAAGCAUCAUCGACAAGCUGGACAGGGUUCAAUCGGAGCUGUCCAGCGGCUUCCUCGCCGGGGGUUUCAGAACUGCUGGUAACGCGCUCCAAUUGGACGUUCUCGGCGACAGGGAUCGUAAUAAUCGACGAAGGUUCACUACGACAUCUAAGACACCGGUUAUUAGUAAAUUCGUGCCUCGUCGUUAUAACGAUAAGAGAACCGACCACGGUACCGCCACGCCGAGACCACGGAUAGAAACGACGCUUGAUAGUCUGGAAGGGCUUCUACCUCGAGAUUAUCUUGCAAAGAGUCCUGGUUCGAUUUCUGCACCCUCGAAAAUUGGAUUCAGAUGGCCCACAAAAAGCACAACGAUGUCUGUAGCGACCACAACUCAACUGACGACUACUACCUCCGCUUCUACUACGAAGAAAGCAAAGCCUAACGUUGCCAUACAAGACAUCAGUGCCUUUUUACCACCAGGGUAUAAACUGAAAAAAGAAGACGCGCCUGUCACAGAGAGCUCCCUGUUGAGCGAAAUUCUAGCAAAAUCUAAGGUUGAUAUUUCUUCGUUAUUACCACCUGACUUUAAAAAGAAGAACGAAGGAAGUUCGACGGCGAAAUCUGAAUCGACGACGACGACGACGACGACGACGACGACGACGACGACGACGACGACAACGACGAAACCCGUGGACGUUUCAUCUGAAAAAUCCCCCGAGAAAACUAUUCAGGAUCUCUUCGCAAAAUCCAAGUUCGAUAUUUCGUCCUUGUUGCCGCGGGAUUAUGAACAAAAGAAGAAGAAUGCCACUGAUGAGGAAACAAAGACCGUCCAAGUAAUCGUUCAGAAUUCGACAGAGUCCGAUGUACCUGCAGUAACAGAGUCCAUCGCUACUACGACGAUGAAACCAGGCGGUUUAAAAAUUGUAUUUCCAAGCAGACCAGGAGGAAGGAAACCUAUUCAUAAGAUCACUACGCCACAACCACCUCGGGGGGAUGCGCCUGGCGUCGCUGUCACGCCAAAAAUACAAAAAGGAUGGCCAACUAGAGCUACUACAGAAUUUACUGGAUGGCCCACUCCUUCGACGACCCCAAUCUCGAUAGAAAAAUUGUUGGAAGCUGCGCGUACUGCGACCAUUUCUUCCUUAAACGCGUCGCUAAUCCCAAUAACAGAAAUAACAUCGAGCACCUCGACCACGACUACCACGACAACAACGUCUAGACCUACCACUCCAGGAAUUUGCGAGGAAGAAUGCGAAGUCGCUGGAACUAUAAGGAUAAUCGGUAACGCGACCUGGGUACCAGAAUUACUCGAUCGAAAUACUCAAGAAUGGCAGAAACUUGCCAAUGAAAUUGAACACGAGAUGAACUUCAUAUUUUCAAAAUCGUCGGUCCUAACGAAGUGGUACAAGAAAAUAAGGAUUGAUUCGUUCAGCGAGGGUAGUAUACUGGUAGACUACUUUAUCGAACUAGCCAACUUGGAACAGAUAGUUAACACACAAGAGUUGAAGGUUAUUUUCCAUGAUUCAUUGCGAACGUACAAUGCAAACAGAUGGAACGAUACGAAAACCAAAGGCUCGAUCAAGCUAGGAUCAUUUACAAUCGAUCCGAAGUAUACGGACUUCGUGGUAAUACCUAAAGUUACUACUCCCCGGUACAUUGAAAAAGACGAUAAAUUAUUCCCACAAUGGGCCAUUGCUGUGAUCGUAAUUGGUGUUGGUGGAUUACUCUUCAUCAUUAUAUUUGGCGUCUCAGUUCUGGUGAAUCGGCACAAUGCUUCGAAAUUAAAGCCAUCUGUGUCUGCAAUUUACGAAGAGGAAGUAGCAAAAAAUAUAACAUCUCACAGAUCUGACUUCUCGAAACCGGUACAUACAAUUUGGACCGACCCAGACGUUUCUUGGAACGACAAGUCUUUUGAAUCAACCUCUAAUAAGGUACUCGUUGAAAAACCGUUUCAAGACAACAAAAAAUAUAAUAUGUACGAUAGUUGGCGAUCCGAAUGGAAUGGCUACAAUUAUUACAACGGAUCUCACACCAGUAGCAAAUACGGUGGUUACGACAGUACGACAAAUUUGUCGAGUCGUCAUCAUCCUGAUUAUGACACGAAUUUCUAAAGUUGACGG